UGCGACCACAUCACCUCAAAGCACCGCACAGCUCAGCACCGCACGGCGCACUCGUGCCGCGAGACGCGCACACCUGACCGCAGCACAUCGGCCACAGCGCAUCGGCAGCAGCGUGACGCAGCCGCCAGGCGCACUCGCAACGCCCCAGGACUGCGCCACACCCAGCGCUGGACGAGGGCAUGGCCGGCACACACAGCCCGUGGGCGGCAGGCGAUGCAGGCGCCGGGCCGUCUCGCGGCGUUGCAGCGCCGCCGCCGCCGCCGCGCGAAGAGCAGGAGCACGAGCUCGCGCCACUCGUCAUUGUGGAGGGCUUCCUCUGCGCGGCGUCGAGCUUCCUGUGGGGCGAGUUCGCCGUGGAGAUGCAGCUGGGUGAGCAGCACAGACGAGCGCAGAGGGCUGCAGCAGAUGGCAAGCGGCCGCAGCACCCCGGAUCGCCCCCACAGGCGCCGCGCCGAGUCAUCUGGGCGCCUAUCGGCCCCGUGUCUAGCAUACACGACCGCGCCUGCGAGCUCUUCUACUCGCUGCGUGGCGGCACCGUCGACUAUGGCGCGGCGCAUGCGGCGGAGCACGGUCAUGGGCGGUGGGGUCGCUCGUACCCGCCGCAAGGCGGCGCAUACGCUGCAUGGAGCGCGGAGCGGCCUGUGCAUCUCGUAGGGCACUCGCUCGGCGGCGCCACGAUCCUGAAGCUGCGCAGCCUUCUCAACGCCGGCUUCUUCGACGACGUGCUCCAGAUCGAGACGCCUGCAGGCGAGCCAUCGCGCGCGGCAUACAUGGUCCGCUCCAUCACGACGAUCUCCUCGCCGCUGCGCGGCACACCACUCGUCUAUCUGCUCGGAGAGCAGCCGUCGCCCUCGCCUGCAGUCCGCUUCCUGAGCGCCGGCGACAUGCUCGCCAAGACGGUGCAUCUCGCCGUCUUCUUGCGCGCGCACUUUGCUGCUGCACGUCGCGUCCUUCCCGACCCACAGGCCGACGCCUGGGCCUUCUCAGGUGCACGAUCUCAUGCGGAGCUCGUCGACAGCAGCAUUGGCAGCACUGCGCAGGCAGAAGCACCGCCGAGUGUGUCUGGCCGGGGAUGGAGCUGGCGCGCAGGCUGGGGACUGCCGUCUCUGCUGGGCAAUCUCUGGCGCAGCGAAUGGGCAGAGGGCCGCGACUGCGCGCCAUGGGACUGCACGCUGGGCGAGCGUGCCCGCUGCGAGCAAGAGGAGCCCGAGGCAUGGAUCGUCGGGACAGAGCAAGGGAGACAUGCGCCGACUUGGUUCCGCUCCUUUGCUUGCUACAUGACAGAGCCUGUCGAGGCUCUCGGCACGAGCGAGAGCGCACCUCGGCCGCGCAUGCACCAGCCUACCACAGCGUUCCAGUGGACACUCUCGACCGCGCCGUUGGUGCUGACGUCGCGCCUCCUGGGCCGCUUCGACUUCUCCGUCGCCCGUCCCUCCGAGCUUUUCCCAGGCUCUUCCGACCACAGUGCCGGCAAUGCGCUCCUCGACGCUUCGCGGCGAGCAGCGACAAGGCGUCCGCACGACGACUCGGGCUACAGCUCGCCCGGACCGCAGCAGCCUCUGAUGCCUGCCUUUGAGGAGCUCGACGAGAAGUUGGCGACGGCCGCAUCCGAGCAUGAGCAUGAAGCCUGGUACGCCAACGACGGCGUCGUGCCGCUCGCAUCGCAGUACCAUCCGGGCAGCUGCGAGCAAGUGUCCUGCCUGCACUCGCUCCACCUGCCCGAGCAGCACCUCGCGCCCAGCCUGGACGUCGCCUUCUCUGCCAAGUCCUCUGCGGACAGCGGCGCGCUCUGGCACACUUUCUCGCGUGCCGCGACGCUGCUGUCCAACAGACUGCGUCAUGCUGUGCCAGACGAGGAGUCACUCUUCGCUGCGCCUGCAUCGCGAGCUACCGCACCGGCGCCUCCGGCGCUUCCACCUCCCGACCGCUGGGAGGUCUUCCAUUUGCAGGACGCCUCUCACGCGAGCCUGUGUCCGAUCUGGAACGGCGGCGCCCGCCAGCGUCACUUUUGGCGCGGCAUGGGCUGCUGGCUCGUCGACGUGGAUGCCUCAGCAGCCGCUCUAGCCUGCGAGACGUCCACACCGGCGUAGGCUUGACGCCGCUCACAUGCACCGCUCGCGCCGAGACGGAUGGCCACUGCAGUCUUGCGGCGGCCAAUCAAAUACCUUGCUC